AAACCGGUGUACACUAUAAAUCAUCAUGCACAGAGCUCAGUAUCUUUGCUGUAUCAGCAACUAUUGUUCUGGGUACUCAUCCUGCUUCAUAUUGAGAACUACCACAUAGGUAAGUAGAUUUUUGAAUUCAUCAAUUGUAAAAUGCUUCUGCUGCAGGUGCAGCAUGCCUUAUUGAUUACAGAGGGAUGUUUUAGCUGCGACUGACAGAUAUUAAAAAAGUGCAGAUGCAACGUUUGCAGAGUGGUUUACCCGUAACUGGCCACAUCCAGAAACAACCUCUAGCCCCUACACUCUAGGCACUUCAUAGAUCUGACAUAAAUGGGUGAAGGCAAAAUGCCCUCUAAAACAUUGUAAUGGGGUUGCCAUGAUUUUGACUUACAGGCAGCUCAGUGGCAAGUAAAAUUCAGUAUUUCAUAUUACAGUACACUUACUGUAAUAUCAAUACAGAUUCAAAGCAAGUACUGUGUAAUGAACAGUACAAUACAGUAAAAAUGAAUGUAUUAUACGCUAUAAAAAAUUUGUCAAUGCUAGCGUAAUCGGAAUGAGUAAAUGAACGAAUGGAUGAAUGAAAUUCAUUGAGGUUAGGGUGUUUGUAUUUUACAGUAUUUUACUGUAAUUACAAGGGAUUGGUGCAAGCAGGUUGGCUGCUAUGUAAAGUGUUUACACAUUACAGCAUAUUAAUGAAUAUCUGGUGUUUUAUGUCACUUGCACUUCUAGAGGCCUUAACAAAGGAUUCCAAACUGGCAGCGACUACAGGGCAAAACAGACCCAAAGGACAUGGCAAAAUGCUCAUGUCGAUUGAUGCACCGGUGCAUCAAUAUAAGUAACAUAAAAAAAGCUUAUAUUUACAGUGGUUAAUACUUGCUGCAAUUGGGCACUAUAACCACAUAGGAUCUAAAUUGGCACAGCAUUCUCACUCACGGGUGCAACACAUAUAGCCUCUUACAAGCCACGGCUCAAAAUAUGUUAAUGAGCCAGAAACAACAAUACCAUGCACCCACUAGUGGUCAAAAGGUUUUUUGCGCUCCAAAGAUACAGUAUGUUACUGUAUUCUGUGGGGUAGACUAACAGUACCAUUCGAAACACAGCAAUUCUUUCCCCGCCCACAACAUUUUCCCACAAUGCACCGUAAUUUACAGUAUGAUGCAGUAAAACGUCACAGAGUAUUUUACUGUUGAUAAUACCCAGAAUUACUGUAUAAAUGACAGUUUUCAGUUACAGUGUAGGCUAUGUGGAACUUUGGCCAUACCUAUCCUAUACUUUCAGAUCUACACAGAUCCUAGGGGCUAGAGGUUGUUUCUGGAUUGAAACUCUGUGUUCUGAUUAUACGCAACCCAACCUACAGAUGAAAACGAGCCCAGGGCAAGAGGUUGAGUCGAUGUAACCUCCCCCACGCAAGCCCAAUGAGUCCGAGCGUGUUCUCCUCAUAUCAAUCGUUUUUCCACCAUUCAUUUUUCCCAUGGGGGAUUUUAGAAACACAUAAAACAAGGGCUGUGUUUCAUGUAGGCUAACCCUGGAGUGACGUUUUGAUAACCAUGUAAAUCUCUUUCGGACAAGGUGACUUUUAUCAAUAUAUUCAGCUCUAUUUACUCUCAGAUUCGAAAAUGUUAAUUAGCAUCAAAGUAGACAUCAUGCAAAACUACAAAUCCCUGCAAGCUCCUGCACGUCAUCUCUAGAAUGUUCACAGAAUUGUCAAUUGAAAGAAAUUUAGCCAAUGUAUUCAUUUCUACAUUUAGCUAAAAUUAGAUAGUUAAUCCAGAGAUUCUUACCUUUACCUCGAUUCGGCAGUCUCAUCCAGAUCAACAUGGCAUCUGUAGUUCUUUAAGAUAGCCACAUUAGCAUUUCAUUUGUUGGGGGUAAAUACAGAUGAAUAUAUUGAUAAAAGUCACAUUGUCAGAGAGAGAUUUACACGGUUAUCAAAACGUCAUGCCAGGGUAAGCCUUCACGAAACACUGCCAUCAUUUUUUGUGUUUUUUUAGUGAAAAAUGAAUGGUGGAAAAAUGAUGGGAACCAUUUGACCGCUAGGUUUUAUGGGUAUUAUGACUCAUUCUGAGGUACUCUAUUCUGUACUAUGCUCGUCUUUCUCUAUUGUUGAUGUGAUUGAAACCAAAUAGCUACCCGUAGUGGUGACCUGGAAUAACCUCAACUUUCUGAGACCACACCUUAGCACAGGUGGCUAUUGAAUUGUUUGUCUACCUUCCAUGGCUGCGGUACGAUUCUCUUCCCUUCUCCAGAAGUGUGCACUUUACUUCCAUUUUAAUCAUUUAGCAGACGCUCUUAUCCAGAGCGACUUACAUGAGCAAUUAGGGUUAAGUGCCUUGCUCAAGGGCACAUCGACAGAUUUUUCACCUAGUCGGCUCGGGGAUUAGAACCAGCGACCUUUCGGUUACUGGCACAACGCUCUUAACCACUAAGCUACCUGCCACCCCACAUGCAUUUCAAAUAAUUUGAUUGGUGCAAGAUUGGCUGAAGGGAGUUUCCACCAUAUUCCUCCCACCAGUACAUUCCUUAUUAUGCUGAAACACGUAGAUAUUUUUUAUAUGCUCUAUGCCCAGUAAAUAAAGGCGUUUUAAACUUUAAAACCCACAUGAGUGCCUGGACCAUGGAUUCUUCAAACUAUUUCACAUUGUUAUUUUUAAUCUAUGAUUCCCCAUUCCAGAGCAAUGGUGGAUUUUUUUUUUUUUUUCAUACCUGUAGCGCUGACGUGGCCUUUUUGUUUCUCCACUAUUGCCACUCCCUCAGCUGAAAGGGAUAUGUGUGUUUAUCUAACACGAUGUAAGUAGGUGCCCUUGUGUGUGACACUCUGGCUCAUACUCGUUGUAGAUCAUAUUUACUGGAAGACAGGCAAGCUAAGGUAAGCUUAUGCACAUUCAAAAAGAGAAGUCCUGCAUUUCAUGAACAAUAUAAUGUAUAUGUUGACUGCAUUCCAAAACAAUGCAUUUUCACAUGGGCAAAAUGCAGUGGUGUGAAGUACUGAAGUAAAAUACUUUAAAGUACUACUUAAGUAGUUUUUUGGGGGUAUCUGUACAUUACUUUGCUAUUUAUAUUUUUGACUACUUUUACUUUUACUUCACUACAUUCCUUAAGAAUAUAUUGUCCUUUUGGGUGUCAAGGAAAAUGUAUGGAGUAAAAAGUACUCGUUACAUUUUGAAUGCUUAGCAGGACAGAAAAUGGUCCAAUUCACGCACUUAUCAACAGAACAUCCCUGGUCAUCCCUACUGCCUCUGAUCUGGCGGACUCACUAAACUCAAGUUUCGUUUGUAGAUGAUGUCUGAGUGUUGGAGUGUGCCCCUGGCUAUCCCUACAUUAAAAAAAAACAAGGAAAUGUUGCCGUCUGGUUUGCUUAAUAUAAGGAAUUUGAAAUGAUUUAUACUUUUACUUUUGAUACUUAAGUAUAUUUUAGCAAUUACAUUUACUUUUGAUACUUAAGUAUAUUUUAAACCAAAUACUUUUAGACUUUUACUCAAGUUGAAUUUUACUGGGUGACUUUCACUUUUACUUGAGUCAUUUUCUAUUAAGGUAUCUUUACUUUUACUCAAGUAUGACAAUUGGGUACUUUUUCCACCACUGGCAACAAUUUAUAAUUACAAGAUAGGUAUUGAACUUGUUAUUCAUAUGUUGACAUGACACAUAUCAACUCUUUAUUUAUAAUUAAAAUAGUACUGUAGAUUAAAUAUUUGACAUUGGAAUUAUACAUAUAUGACAUUUGAGUUACCAAUGACACCAUAGUGAAAACCAAAGAUGGGGAAAACACAGAGUGUCCUUGAGAAGAAAGGAUACACUAUCCAGAAGGAGAUAGAGCAUGGUGUCAUAGCUACUGACAAAGAUGGUGACCAGUUUGUCAUUAAAGAGAUCAAACUGAAUGAGGUGAGUGGGCACCAUUGUCUUAUUAUUUGUUGUUGUUGUUGUUUAUUUUAACAUUUUAUUGAUCGAGUCAAGAAGUGAAUGAGAAGUAGAAUGUAAAGCGGCACAGUUGGCGUUUGAACCCAUGCCUCCAGGGGUAAUGUGUGGGCUUGGUGCACUACCACUAGAUCAGCCUCCAGUUCUACUUUGAGAGCAACGCUUUCUAAUAAUGUGUGUUAUUUAUAUAUUAUAGAUUAUUUAUAAGGAAUUUGGCACUGGUCUACUGGCCCUGUGUACAUCAUUACAUGUCAGUCUCUUUUACUUCUUGAAUUGUAUUGUUUUACUGUAACAUGUUGUGAUUUUAUAUGCACUUUAAAUAGUUAGAUUUUAUUUGGUUUGAUGGGAGACAAAACUAGGCCUAAUUUAGAAAGGUUUAUAAUGGAAAGUGUUUGGUUUCGAUUGAGUACUGUGGUUUUUGCUUUAACAGACAUCAGACUUGAGCUCUAGUGCUGGAGACAUAUUCUCUGAGGUUGAAAACCUCCUGCAGAUAACUCACCCCCAUAUUGUAAGCCACAAGAACUCUUUCCAAGGUGAGGUGACUAAUAUUUGUGUUUAUUUUUCAUUUUAGAGAGAAGAUGUUUGGGGUGGUUUCCCGGACACAGAUUUAAACUCCAUUGAGAAUGCUUUUUAGUCCAGGGCUAGGCUUAAUCUGUGUCUGGAACGUCCCAAUAUGUUUGCAAGUUACCGCAGUAUGAACAUAAAAACAUUUUAAACAGAGGAGCUAGCAUGCUAUAAUAAUAUAUCUCACAAUAUUAUAUUCACAUAAACUAUGCAUUUUUACAGAUGAUAAAAGUUACUAUGUAGUGAUGGACCAUUGUGAGGGUGGAAAUCUCGCACAAAAGAUCAAAGAUGGGAAGGAGACUGGGAACCCAUUCUUAGAAGAACAGGUUUCUGAAUGAAUAACCUAUUGGUUAAGUUCCAGGCCGACUACAUUGCAGAAGUUGCAUGCCAAGUCAUCGACUGUACAGUUGGGCAUUAGAUUGCUAUAUCAUAUCUUAGCUGAUAUGCUCACCUAUCCAGGCGUUGCGAGAUCUGGCAGGCGUCUGCAAUGUAGUCAGCCUGGAAUGAGGCUAUUUCUAUUCAUGACUGCAUCAAAACUAUUUUGUUUCAUGUUAAACAUAAAUUAUGCACUGGAAUUCUUCCCAGAUCAUGGACUGGCUUGUUGAGAUCUGCAUGGCACUGAAGCAUUUACACGGCCAGGGCCUUCUUCACAGAGACCUGAGACCCCAGGUACACACUGGUAUGCUAAGUGGUUUACAACCCUCUCCUCAGGGACCCCCAGCAAUUCCAUGUUUUUGAUCUAUUCCAGAACUGCAUUGAAAAAUGUCUGGGAGUCACUGAGGAAAGGUUUGAGAAAUAAUAAUGAACUGGCGGAUUUAUUUAAUUUUGUACAUAUUCAUGAUAUUUUUGAAAAGACAAGGGUUAAAGGUCCAAUGCAGCCAUUUUUAUCUCAAUAUCAAAUCAUUUCUGGGUAACAAUUAAGCACCUUACUGUCAUUGUUUUCAAUUAAAAUGGUCAAAAAGAAACAAAAAUAGCUUCUAAGCAAUAAGCAAUUUCUCAAGGAAGAAUUGUGCUAGUACUGUCUAGCAGUGGUCUGAGUGGGGAGGGGAAAACUGAAGUAGCUGUUAUUGACAGAGAGGUUUGGAACUCUCUUUCUUAUUGGUCUAUGAUGUCACCAGACAGCCCAAAACAUCCCACCAAAACAGGCAAACAUUUCAGGCAGUCUUUUCAAACAGCUCUUACAGAAAAAGGGCAUUCUCAUCAUUUUCACAAUUUCACAGUAUUAUUCCAACCUCAUUGUGUGGAAAUAUAUAUAAAACACAGGACAUUUUUUAAAGUUUUUGACUGCACUGGGCCUUUAAUGAAAGUUUUCCAGAAUACAAUUAACUGUAUAUUUUAUUUGAUGUGAUAUAAAUGGUUAAUUUCUUGUUUUUUCUCACUCAACAAUUCUAAAUAUAUCUUUUUUUUUCUACACUAGAAUAUAUUUCUCACAAAAUUUGGGACACUUUGUUUGGGAGAUUUCGGAAGAGUCAAUGAAAAGUAUGGUACUUUUUGGAUAAUAAUAAACUGGUCAAAAUGUAUUUUAAUACAUAAUAGAGUUACAUCCUGUUUGAUGACUGUCUGCUAAUGUGUUUCUUUCCUACCAGUGCUACCAGUUCUUCAGAGGAUGGAGCAGUGGCUUAUUUAGGCCCAGAGAUUCUGACAGGGGGAAUUUAUGAAACCAAAAGGUAAAUUCAAAACUACAACCAACAAAAAUAUAUUAAAGGGGAACUUCAACCCUGUGACAUCAUAUGGUUGACCGAAGCAAAGACUCAAUUUCUAAUAGUGUUAGACAUUUGCCUUCAAUGUGAAGUUACCAUGGAUAAUGAUAUAUUAAUGUAUUUUCCAUCCUCUGCAGUGAUAUUUGGUCCAUGGGAUGUGUGCUGUAUGAGUUGUGUAUGCUUCAGUGUGCAGUAAGUAACACCUCUAUCUCCAUAUUUGCCUCUUGCUAAUGCAAAAUGCGGUGUGAUAUUAACCGGUCUUUCUUGACAGUUCGCUGCAGCAAGCCCAAUCAAGCUCAUCCCCCAAAUAUUGGGAGGUUCUUACCCAUCUCUCCCAGAGAGCUUCUCAUCUGAGCUCCGCGACCUCCUGUGUGACAUCUUCCAACAAGACCCGACCAUUAGGCCUUCAGCUGGUGAAAUUAUGGCAAAACCAUUCAUUAUCAUUUUCCUCACAAAAAAGGUUCGCAAUACAAGAUCAUAUGAUCAAAUCGUAAAAUGUGUUUAUUCAUUCAUUAAUUCAUCCAUUCAUCCAUAAAUUCAUUCAUUCAUUCAAUCACAUUAUCUGUCUAAAUUAAUUUUCUAUAGAGUGAGAAAACUGUGGAGGAACUCCAGAUAACCUUGGACAAGCUGAGAACUCUGGCAGACGGCUUGGAGAGUAUGCACAAAGGCACCACCAUAGGCAGUCUGACGGGAGGUGUUAUUGGGGCAGCUGGAGGAAUCACCUCUAUAGUGGGGCUCAUCCUGGCUCCCUUCACUCUGGGCGCCUCCCUGAUCGUCACUGGGGUGGGUAUUGGGGUGGCUGUCGCUGGUGGAGCCACAGCCGGAGUAUCCAACAUUACCAACAUGGUCAAUCAGUCCACCGACCGCCAAGCCAUGAAGAACAUCAUCAAGGAGUUCCAGGAGAAGUUUAACUCUCUGGUGACAUCUCUACAAGACAUCGCUGAGGGUUUGGAGACACUGAGGGCAAGUGGCUCCUUUAACAUUGGAAGUGACAAUUUCAACGCAAAUGCUGGGGCAAGUGCUGGGGCUAGGUUUGGGAGGGGCCUGGGCUGCAUCCCAGAGCUCUUCAGAGUACUCCAGGUGGCCACCAUUGGCAAGGUGGUAGCCCAAACUGCCAGGGCAGUGCGUGUGGCAGAGGUGGCGACAGGAAUAUUUUCCGCUUUUUUUGUAGCGGUUGAUAUCUUCUUCAUCGCCAUGGAUGCCAAAGAGAUCCACAACAUCCGACAGGCGAAGGCGAAUGAACAGUCUGGUGAUACCAGUAAGUUAGAAGUGAUGGACACAGACUCCACCACUGAGCUGAACCCUGGGUGUGAAGAACCAAAGGCUGAGGUCAAGUCAGAGACCAUGAAGUUCAUCCAAACGAUCAGACAGACAGCUGAACAGCUACAGGAGAGCCUGGACGAACUGAGUGAUGUCAUCUCAUUCAUUCCUAAGAUAGAGGACUGUUACUUAGACAACUGA